GCCAGAUUCUCAUCAGAUAAUUCCCAGCACUCAACUUGCUCAACACCGAAGGCCUCUUCAGCUGGCAGAGAGGAUGGAAGCAACGUACUAAUGGACAGCUCAAUACCGAAGGCCUCUACCUUCGGUGGAGAGGAUGGGAGCAGCAUGCAAAUGGACAGGUCCCUUAAACGGAAAUCAGAGGAAGCGGCAAGUGAUUCAUCUCGAGCACCCUCAAGCAAGGGGAGGCAAAGAGCAGUCGGACUGGCCAACGCACUGUCAACAAAUAGUGACACGGGGGAUAGCAGGCACAGCAGAACAAGUAUGGAUGAGGACUCUGCCCAAGGAUCAGGGAAGGAUGUAGACUUGGAAGGAUCGCAUCACUCUCCCCAGCCAUCCACUUCCAGCAAGAAUCGGAGCUCAGAAGCAAGUCGGGAAAGGAAGAGGACCAGAUCGGAGAGCGGUGGGAACCAGAGAACAGAAGAGGAAGACGCAGAUGGGGAAGAUGAAGAGGAUACUAUGAAGGACACAGAGAACGAGAGCUCAGAAGAAGAGGAUGAGGAUAUGGAGAGUGAAGAGGACAAACAAGAAAUGGAAUCGCUUGAGUAUGUACAGCAGUAUGUACGCUCCUUAGAACCGGACAGAACAGUGGAGCUAGAGGUGAGGCUUGCACACCACAAACACCUCCGCAACCUUAGAACAACAACCAAAGUGGAAGACAACAUAAGCAUGGAGAACAGAUUCGAGAUCCUCAAGAAGGAAAGAGAGCUUAAUGAGUUUUACGCAGCACAAUACAGCAUGAAAACAAAAAUAGAGAAGAACAGAAUCACGGUGGACACAAACAGCUAUGAGCAAAGGUUCACCUGGCCCAAAUCGUAUGCUGAACCCGAAACAGAAAGGAGAUCGAAGAAAAAUAAGAAAGAAAAUAAACAGGGAUCCACAGGAGAACAUCUCCAGAAUACCUCCUUUCCAACGGCAGAGGAUGAGUCCGUGGAGGACCUGAGAAGACAUGCUGCAAUCCUGGAGGCCCAUGUAAAUGUACUAAGGGAUCAGAACAGGGAGCUGGACGAUCAAUGCAUAACCCUCAAAGACGUAGCAGGGGGGGGUUACAAGGAAAUAGAAGCUGCGGCCAAACUCUACGCACGUACCAGUCCGAGGCGAAGGACGAUAAUCCCGUACCGCUGGAACGACAACUUUGGAACCUGGGAAGUGGCCUAUCACAAAUCCAAUGAACUGAUCUCAGUACCAGAUCAGGAUUGCACACAGUACAUCUUACGUGAACUCAUAUCAGACGGCAUACCAACAGAUAUGAAGAUCCUGGGGUCCAAAAAAGAGGGUAUGGAAGAAUGGAGGGACCAGGAGAAUGACUGUCUCUUAUACACAUCUAGAUGUGUAUAAGAGACAGGCCCCGCCCCGCUCCCCACCCCCCGCUCCGCUCUGCGCGGCGGCUCCCCCCCGCCACGUCACCCCCCUCCCCCCGCUCUAAUCCCGACAUAAACUCGU